ACUAUUUAUAAAAAGAUAGCGCAGUAAAGAGCACACACUGACGGACACACAUUGCUCUUGGCCACAACCAUUUUCAAACAAUAGACUCGGAGAGACUCGGAGUUGUUGAGACCUCUGUUGAUGAAGAUGUCCACCAGUGUUGCCUCUGGUAAUGGCUUAGUGGUCGUUACACAUGUGUACCGAGAACAAGACGCCUUGAGGGGAGAUGCUCCACCACGUGUGGUGUUUCCACCAGUUUCCUCAGUGCUACACAACGGUGCCCUAAGAGGAGCUCCACCACAGGAUGGCGCUGUUGUGGCACUCUUCCAUUUGUUAGAAACAUUUGUGAGAAGACAGAAGACCACACUGGGAACAGUUCAGAUACUGAUCGGUGUGGUUGUGUUCCUGUUCGGCAUUGUGACAACAGUUGAUGCCACGGCCGUAAUGUCAACAAUGAGUGGAAUCAUGUUCUGGGGCUCACUAAUACAUGUCAUUGCUGGCUUUCUAACUGUUGCAGCUGAGAAGAAGCACAGUCAGAGUUGGGACAGGGCAUUGUUGAUUAUGAAUAUCUUCAGCUCCGUAACUGCAGCAGUUGCCGUACUUCUCUAUUGCUUGGACCAAAGUGCUGAUGUCUACUGGCGCACUCGGAGCAGGGUCCAUGGGAUUUCUGGUGUUAUGUUGGUUUUGUCUCUACUGGAGUUCACGGUCUCAGCUGCUGUAUCAGUUUUUACUUACAAAGUCAUCUUCCCCUCCACCCCUGAGAUCAUGGCAUACAAUAUUUCAACUCAAGAGGCCCAGUAUGAGCCCCCACCUUAUGUUGCUGCCACCACAGUGGACACCUCUGAGACCAAGUUUUUCCCACCUGCCGUUGUUCCUCCUCAUCCUAGCAGCGGUGACAAAUCUGAAGAUCUUCCCUCGACUGCUUAAGCAUGGGUCACAUAGCAGGAUCAUGAAACUGAUAAGACUGUGGCUUUAGAAGUUAACUAGGCAGUUGUAUGCAUUGCACUUAAGCUUGAUGAAUUUUCAUUUAACUAGGGUAUGCACUUUUGUGAGUGAAGACAAUGUCACAACUAUCAGAGAUGGGAGAAGCAUCAAUAUUUCCUGUAUUUGUCUACAAAGGGCUUAUCAUGUAGAUCAUUAGAUGAUGUGUGUAUGUGUUUUUGGCGCUUCCUCAGAUGAAAUGGUUUAUGGUCAACAGACUUAUUCAGUCUCCAUGGGACACACAUUGCUUGCCCUCUCUAUACAAAUAGUCAAUGAACACAGUAACAAUGUAUUGAUUCAGUCCCUUCUAGAUUUCCUUUAAUAGUACUACAACAAACAAGCUUAUAAAUAUUUCAAGGAGACUUAUUUUAAUUAUUAUGAUGAAACCCACUCUUUUCACCUCUUCAUGUGUGCAACAUGGUCGUGCAGAAAUAGUCAUACCAUACCCUCUGAAUUUGAGGAACCAUGACACAAAGUGCUACCCACUACAGUAGGCAUAUAGUGGCAGCAAGGCUAAAUAAUAUUGCUGUUGUGAUGUUUGUAAUGUUUCACAAAUUUGUCUCAUCAUUUAGGUCGAGGUCAAUAUAGUGAAAGGAAGAAUUCUGUUCCCUUUCCCCAGGCUCUGUAAUGAAUAAGAAAGGUUAAAAAAUGACUAACAGUCUGUCUAAUUAAUUAGCAUACAAUCUCUCAGUCAAUUACAUCUCAGAGUACAAUGCACGUGUUGAUGUGAUUGAAGAGGGUGAAUGUAUUUGAUAUACAAUCUAUAUAUACUACCCUCCAAAAGUUUGAAAAUGCUUCACAUUUUUACAUUAUCUAAUAUAUAAUAUGGCCCUAGAGAUCAUUGAGGUCACUGAGGUCUGGACCAUAGUAUUUUUUUCUAAGCAGAAUGUACUCUAAAAACGUUUUGUAUUUUUCCAACCGAAGUUCUGGUAUAGGCUGAUUUAGUAAUUUAAUCAAACACUUUGAGUUGUUGCUUUGACUUGAGACUGAUUUGACUGACUUGGUUUAGUUUCCUCUAUUCAUAUUCUUGUGAUGCACCACUUAGAUGGCCUUUGCCCUCUUUCUGGUCAGAGCAUUUUUCACUCCUGCUAAAUGUGUCUUUUUGCACUCAGAAGCAUCAACAGGUUCAAAUAUGUUUAAAAGAUAACAGAUUAUUUGUGUCAUUGUUGUGAUUUGUAGGUUUUCUUUGUUCAUACAAUGUUCUCUAGACCUUAGUAUUUCAAAGACUUUGCAUACAGUCAUGUAUACACCCUAUUAUGUGAUUCCUUCAUAUUGGUAAGUGACAACACAAGUUAAUGAUUCAUAUUUGAUUAAAUAUGACUUAAUAAAAUAAUUUGGAUUCAAUAACAAAAAAAA